CCGUGACACCUCGGCCUGCAGGCAUGGCCACCCAGAGUGUUGCAGGUGUUGGGAGAGAGGGGUGGGGUUGUCCUGGCAGAGUUAUCACUGGGGCCUGGGGAGGGGCUUACUGGGUGCUCAUGAGGUCUGGGUGGCGGUCUACCUCGCUGAGAAGCCUGCGGUUUGGGCCAUGACAACCCCUCUGCACCCAGUGAGUGGGCAGAGGCCAACGGUGGCCAGUCCACAGUGGGGUCUGCCUGCCUUCCACCCCAGGACUCCAAAAAUCCCACCGUUGUUCUGGCCAGUUUUCCACUGCAGCUCCAGGCAGCCUCCCUAACCACUUUGGUUCUGGGUGCAGCCUGCAGAGCCCUGCCCCCCCCCAGGUUCUUGCUAUACUGUGACUCCAAGGUGGACAGUUGAGCUGAGUGGGUGAGGGCGAGCCCUCACCUGAGGAGCCUGGGUUGUCAGUUCUGUGACCUGUGCCAUUACCUCACCACCCCCGACAUCCGGCUGGGUGCUCACAGUCCUGGUGGGCGGGGCAAGCAGUCUGACGGGUCUGGCGGGAACCUGGGACUUGGGGGCGUGGUUCCAUGCAGGUUACGUCCCACAGGGCGGGGCACAGUGUCCAGAAGCCAGUAGGCCAAGGAUUGGGGUCAGAACUGGCAGGGACCAGCCAGCCAGGAGGAGGAGGCACCAACAGGUAGGAAGAGCCCGAUGGCCGGCUGGUGUGUCACUGGUGGGGAGCCCCUGACCCCUGCUGUGUGCUUUCAGCCUCGCUCUGCUGUUGGCCCCCCGCGGCCAGGUGUCCUCUGCCCCUCCCUGGAGUCCCUAUUUUUGCUCACUCGCAAGCCUGUCGGGUCCUCAGGCUCCGUCUCUGAGGCCUCCAAGUCUCACUCAUCUGUGGUCCCCUGGGUUCAUCUCUGGUCCAUCCCACAGUCCCUGCCUUCCUAUCUACCUGCCCACCCCGCCCCCCAAGUCCUAAUCCUGCCACCUUGGACAGCUUCUACAACCGCGAGUCUCCGCGUCGCCCCAUCCCGUCUCUCCUGGGCCCUGAUCCCCUCCAGAGCCCAGUCCCUGACGCCGGGCUCCCCUGCAUCCUUCCGCCAACGCCUCCCCGGCCUGACCGCCUCUCCCUGCAGGUCCGGUCGGGAUGCCCUGCCCUCGGCCGCCCUGGCUCCGCCGCGCCCGGGCCCCUCAGAGCACGGGCCCCAGCUCCCCCGGAAGGGGGACGGACGAGGACGAAGACGAGGAUGAGGGGGACGGCAGCCCGGGCUCUGGCCCCAUCCUGCCCCCUGCGUCCCCCGUGGAGUGCCUCAUCUGCGUGUCGCCCUUCGACGGCGUGUUCAAGCUGCCCAAGCGCCUGGACUGCGGCCACGUCUUCUGCCUCGAGUGCCUGGCCGUGGCGCUGGCGGUGCUGGUGGCCGCGGGCCUCGUCGUCUCCGGCGUCUACAUCUUCUUCCUCAUCCCGCACGCCGCCUCCUCCGGCCCCGCGCGGCCACAGCUCGUGGCACUCGCCCCGGCACCUGGCUUCUCCUGGUUCCCGCCGCGGCCCACGCCGGGCGCUCCCUGGACCCCCGCCUGGACGCCGCACCCCACGGGCCGCGACCUGGACGCCGCUCUGCCAGAAGCUGCGGAGGACACGCUUGAGGGGAGUCCCGAGGACCCAGUGGAGGCCGAGCGUACGCUGGACGGGCCCUCGGACCCCAUGUGGGGGACAGAGGGUGGCCCCGUCUGGGCCCCGCGGGCACGGGGCAGGAGGAGGGUGUGGGGGUCACAGUAAAGGCAUCUGUGCUGCA